CUGUACACAGAAGAGCCAUGCAAGCUAACGUCAGCUAGCAAGCUAACAGAUAGAAGUGGCUGGUUUAGUUUACGUUAAGUUCAAGAGAUUUCAUAAUAUAAUGCAAUUUGAUUCAAGUCAAUAGGUCAGUUUCUCUCCAACAACGGUAAGGAAAUGCCACCAAAAAGAGUGAAAAGCGGGACAGUGUCUGCUGCUGGUGCAACGGCAGUUGGAAACAAAGGUUGGGAAACUGGACUCACUAAUGCACCAUUUGAGGAGGAGACUUGGAAGGCCAGCAUUUCUCUGGUGGUGGGAGAGAGGCUGGAGGAUGAGGAGCUGAUCGGUGCUCUGCUGCUGGCCGUACAGCAGCCCCUACGCAGGCUCUUCAGCGUAGUCACCUGGGACACCACCCUAGAAAAGAUCCAUGAACUGGGAAACCCAAAAAUCAAGAAGACCAAGGAUGUACCCAUGUUUUAUGAGGUGAUGGAGGCAGCCAAGGUCCUGCUGGAUGCAGGAGAGGAGCUGCCCUGUGACCUGCUGGGUAAACUGCUCAAGUUCCAGCUCCUGGGAGUCAAGGCCAACGACCAGCAGAAGAGAGCCACAGAGAUGAGGGCUGCUGAGGAGAAGGGUAAGGGCAAGGCUGGCAAUGCCUCCCCAACCAAAGACAAAGGUGGUGCAAAGCCUGCCGCCAAAGGUGACAAGGGGAAGAAAGGGGCAGAGCCCAGCGCCCCAACCAAGGACACCAAGCUGAAAAAGAGGGGCGAGGAGGAUGAGACCAACAAGUAUAUAGAUGAUGAGCCAGACGAUGGUCCUCAGCACUACAUCCUGGUGGUGGGCUUCCAGCAGGCUCAGCUGGUCUCUGUGCUGGACUCCCUGGGGGUCCAUGUGUCCAACGUUAUCAAGCUGACCUCACAGAGACCAGACCGGCCAGAGGGAUCACUGGAAGGGAGUGAUGACAAACCCCUGGAUGUGGACGCAGAGACUAACAUUAGGAGAAGACAACGGGAGCAGUUCUGGGGUCAGUUGGAAGGGGUGCUAAACAGUGGCUCAGCAUUCUCCAAGCUGUUUGAUGUGGCCCGCCUCAGUCACACCAUUAAAGAGAUCCUGCCACCACAAGACAAGGAUAGCCCAGAGGCUAUGCUUGGGUUUGGGACACGUCUGUUUGAAGACGUGGCGUGUCUGAUCUAUGACUGUCUGGACUGGAGGAGACAGCAUCAACACUACCUGAACAACAUGAGACUGGUCCAGGUGCCAUCUGUCCCCAGGACUGUGGCACUCACCACCCAGGACAGUCCUGCAGAGACGGUUCAGACCACAACACCUCAGACACCUGGGACCAAGAAGAGACAAGCCCAAGAGGAAACCACUCCAGCAGACCCUGAACCGGCUGCUCUGAGUACUGAUGUGGACAUGCGUUACUAUAACGACCUGCUGGACCAGAUUCCUCCUGAAGCAUCCUCUGUUCCCCUCAUACUACACUGCAUGCUGGAGCAGGUGGUGGCCACAGAGCAGGACAUCCCUCCCCUGUCUACAGCAGACUCAGAGAAGGGAGUGUACAGCCUAGAGAAGAGCCUGGCAGACUACAUGCUGUCUGCUGUCAUGUCUCUGCCUCGCUCAGACCAGGAGAAGAAGACGUUGAGGGAGACGUUUGGUGCUGUGGAGAACACCCAGCAGAAGACUGAGCACCAGAGACCUCUACUGAUCAACUGUCAUGACGAGAGAGCCCUGAGACUGCACCACCUGCCUAACGAAGCAAAUGGAAUUCCACCUAUUAUAAUGGCUCCAGCCAUUACCACGAGCCCGUCCUCCCCAAUGAAAUUGCCACCAACCUCCUGUGUUGAUCUGAUGGGUGUCUUUACAGAGUCUCUGAGCUGGCCGGAGGUGGAGAGAGUGGUCAGACAGUUUGUGUUUGAGAGCAUGCCCCUGACCCAGCUGGAGGAGGGAGGCCUACUGACCUCUGCUAGUUCCCCUCAACCUACCUGCCUGCCCUGGGACGACCCGGUCUGCUUCGCCAAGAACUACCUCAGACACAUCAACAAGACACAAGGUGAAGCGUUCCACCACCAGGAUGAAUCAGAGGAGAGUUUGUCUGAUGUCGUAGAUGUUACUGAGAUACAGAGAAGCCGGAUGCGAUCUCUCAGUGACUGGCACUAUACUGAGCACCACAACGCCAAUGUCUUUCCCCAGAUUCUCCACUCUGCCUCUCAGUCCUACCGCUGCAUGGACACCUUCUGUGGUAGUCUGGACAACACCCUGUUCAUCGUCUGUCACAAUCCCAUGAGCCCUCAACGCCAGUGCAAGGAAUUAUGGGACAUGGCUCUCCACACCAACGUUGGGUUCAGGAAGUACCUUGAGCACGUGGCCAACUCUAUAUCUGACUGGACCGAGGAGGAGGAGGUGAAGUGGCGAGCUCUGCAGGCCAAGAGAGAGGCAGAGAAACUGAGAGGGCCCACCCCGCCUGACUCCUCAGAGAAAGGCAGGACAGAGUCGGCUAAGGGCACCAAGAAGGGCACUGUCUCAACAAAACACACUGCAACCUCCCCAGCCAAGUCUCCUGUCCCAGAGGAAGGUCCUCCAGACCAGUACAUCAGAGAAGACUCGCUCAAAGCGUGGAAGAUAGAGCAGGACAGACAGAAGGAGGAGGAACAGAUGAAGAAAGCUAAGAAAGAUAAAGGAGGGAAGGGGGCGGAGCGCGCCAACUCGUCCAAGGAGAACAAGAAAACAACCCCCUCGACCACGAAGAAGAGCAGGGAGGACGUGACCCCUGACCUGGCUGUGGGGACCCCUGGAGAACAGAGAGCGAAGCUGCAGUCGCCCACCGACGUCUUCACUGGAUUCACUGGUUACAGCAUGGAGGGGCAGCUGAUCCAGGUCUCAGGCCAGGUCCACUCCCUAUACCCCUCUGACGGAGGCCACAUCCAGGUGGAGACCAUCCACUUUGUCCAGGCCGAUGUUCUGUUUCCAGGGUCGACGCUCAUCAAGGUGUGUGUGAUGAAGGACAAGCAUCAUUUGUACAGCCACAUCACCCAGCCAAACAGACACCAGGAGGAGAGCCCAAAGGACGCGGUCACCAUGGAGACACAGAGUCCCACCAAUAAGAGUGUUUGGCUGGGCUCCUUCUCAGCUGUCCUGGACAGCGGCAUCCACCUCUCCUACAGUCACUACGGCCCCACAGGGGAGCAGGGUGAGAUGGAGGCUGGUCAGGACUCUGAUCUAGACAUGCCCACAGACUCCAGUCUCUCCCCCGUCCCCUCGACCCUCCUCUCCUCCUCAUUGUCCCGGGAGAAACUCAACUCCUCCCACAGCGCCAGGGGGGUGCAGCCGUCCAAGGAGACCAACAAGUCUUCAACACACAGAGAGGAAGAGGAGCAGACCAGAGAGUGUGUGGGUCAGGCUGCGUUAUCUGGCAGCGCUCCGUUCCAGAGACUAAACCUCUCCACCCCCAGUGGUCUGCUGCUGCAGUUCCUCAGGGAGGAUACAGACGGCAGUACUCCAGAGGGUCAGUGUGUGUUGGUGAGACAGACUUUCCCCCUACACUGCAGUGACAGUAGGGAGCCUCACCUCACAGACCCAUCGUUACACAGUGAGUUGUCUAGGGUCAUCACUGGUCAGGGCACCGUGGUCAAGUACAUGAGAGACGGAUCAACACAGGUGCUGUUUGCAGAUGGUUCAGUCAGUAGCAGUACAGACUCAGGACCCAUCAUCUCCUCUCCUCCUGAACCCCCUGCGAAGGAGGAAGAGGUAGUGAAGGAGACUCCGGUACCGGAGAGAAAAGACAGCAAGGACAAGAAGGGUAAACUGGGUUCCAAGCAGAGCCUGGGGGCUGACCAGAGUCAGAGUGACCCAGAGCCCAGGGAGGAGCAGAGGUCAUCAGACAACACCCAGGGCAGACAGGGGGUCUGUUGGGUCACCACCAGCCCCUCCGGACACAGAGUAGCCACCAUGGGGGACCAGACCACAGACCCUGGCCCGGUCCUGGCCUUCAGAGCCACAGACCCUGUCAGCCAAACUGUUGUUAUCACCCGGGAGGACAAGGUGAUGUCUGUGCUGGACAGAGACGGGACGGUGAUCAUCGACCAUGCAGACGGAACCAGGAUCACUACCCUGUACCAGGAGAGAGAGGCUCUCAGUGGCUGGUCCCAGGAACACAUUAACACAGGGGAGAGAUGCAGCAGUGUGUGUCAUAAGGAGAAGGUGGUGAUGGUGGAGCGCCUGGGGUUUGCCACGGUAACCAUGUACGGCGAGGGCAGGUCCUGCAACGUGUUCUUUGGAGACGGGAGCGUCGUCACCGCCACCUGCGACGGAGCGUACCAAGUGUACCCGUCCAGUGUAGGUCUGCUGUUCAUCAACCAGGACGGUAGUUGUGUGUACAUGUCAGACCCUGAACACAGCCCAACCCUGAGUCUGGCCAGCUGGAGUCCCAGAGAGCAGCCAGGCAGCUACAGGAUGAACCACACCUCCACCUCAGACACACUGUGUGAGGUCACAGACCACCACGGGAACCUCUUCCAGGUGAUGAAGGAUGGCCAGGCAUCAGUGGAGAUCUCUAGCCCUCUGGACAGCAGAGUGGAGGAGGAGGAGGAGGAGGAGGAGGGAGGGCUGCCAGAAGAGAGAGAGCUGGCCAAGCAUCCUAUUGGACAUAAAGUCCACAUUCCCAGGUUGUUCAUGGCCCAUGAGGACGGUUCAGGCACAGAGCUGCUGCACUCUCAGACAGUAGAGGAACGUUUGUAUGAGGACUACUCUGAUCCUGCUGUCGCCCUGCUUAAAGAACCCCUCCCAGACCUACAGGGUGUCCUGGGUAUAGCGGUGCUGAGACCCUCUCGUCAGGACGUGUGGUCCAGAUGGAUCAUAGAGAAACAGAACAAGGACAUCAUCCCCACCAACCUCAGGUCCCGUCGCUGGGACAACUUCCCCUCAGUAGAGAGGAAGACGCCAGGUCCUCUGUUCGGGACCACUCUGGGCCGGGGUCUGACCCUGAGAGAGAAGCCUGUUUCUGAGGCCUGCAGGCCCGUGCUGAGCUGUCCGGAUACCCUGGAGGUCCGACAGCUGCUCCAGUACCAGCCAGUCAGCAGACAGCUCCGCAGGACUCUGGAGACCCGCCUCAAGGAGUACAUGGAGCAGGUUAUCCAGAGAGAGAACCUGACAGAGAAGAUGCAGCUGAAUGACCCUCGUACUGAGGAGGAGAAGAUCCACGCUGCUGACCUGCUCAAACUGGUCCUGUCACUUCCAGAGUCAGAGCACCCCACUAUAGAGAACAGAAUCUGUCCCGUGGAUGCAGCCACCCUGUACAUCCAGGCAGUGAAGACUCCAGCCCUGCAGACUGAGGCCUCGCUCUCAGAGAAACACACAGACAGCUUCAGCAAAGAGGCAACACAGGAA